UCACCUCAAGCGCUGUGUGUGUUAGGAAGAAGGUCGACUGGUAGAACUGCGUCACAACUUGUGAACAGGUCCGACUUUUACAUCGAGCUCACAUGGAAUCCAGCCAACCGUUUCUGGGAUGGAGAUGCCUCACCCACAACAAAUGAAAGAUCAAAGGCUCUCCACAAGAAGACUUGACAGUUGAAAAAGAAAAUGUCAUUAUUUGAAGACCUGUCGGCAUCCGGCAACACCGCAGAGAUGUCAAACUUUGCACAUGUGAUCUUUCAAAAUGUGGCAAAAAGCUACCUUCCACAUGCUGCUGUAGAGUGUCAUUACACUCUGACCCCGUACAUCAGGCCUCAUCCGAAAGACUGGGUUGGCAUUUUUAAGGUUGGCUGGAGCACAGCUCGAGAUUACUUUACUUUUCUGUGGUCACCUCUUCCAGAAAAGUAUGUAGAAGGAACGUCUGUUAACUGUGUCGUGGUAUUUCAAGGUUACUAUGUUCCAAACGAUGAUGCAGAGUUCUAUCAGUUCUGCUAUGUCACGCACAAAGGUGAAAUCCGAGGAGCCAGUACACCAUUCCAGUUCCGAGCUACCUCCCCUACAGAUGAUCUGCUGACCAUGGAAGACGAAAGCAAUUCUGAUAUGCUGGUUGUGACCACUAAGACUGGCAUGCUUGAGUAUAAAAUUAAAGAAGUGUUAAAAGAAAAAGAAGAGCUAAUGAAGGUGAUGUCCUUGCUGCAAAAAGAAAAAGAUCAGCUUGAAGAACAAGCUGAGAAGCUGGGGAAGGAAGUAGAUCAGGAAAAGGAGACUUGUGCUCAGAUCAAGAAGGACUACCGGGAUAUUCUCAAUGAAUCACAAACCCUUAAGGAUGAGAACGAAGAAAUUAAGAAAAAGUACGAGAACGCCACUUCUCAAAUUCUCCAGUUGGAAGAUGACCUAAUUGGGGUGUCCCAGAAAGCCAUUGAGAAGGAGACGGAAUUAGACAGCUUUCGAGGCAGACUGAAGAAACUAAGUCUGGAGAAAGAACAGUUGGAAUCUCAGUUAAAAAAUGAGAAGGAUGAGAAAGAGCUAUAUAAGAUUCACCUGAAGAACACAGAACUAGAGAACACAAAGCUGACUGCAGAGGUACAAACAUUAAAAUCAGUUGCAAUAAACAAAGAAAACCUGCUCACACAGCUGAGAGAAGAGUUGGGCAUGCUGAAAAUGUGCAUAGCAGAAAAGGAAAAACUGCAAAAGGAAAUGCUGACUGCGUCCUCCACCAAGAUUGUGACUUCCUCACAGGCUGAGACUGGAUUUUUGAGAGAACAGCUUCGAAAGAGCGAGGAUCAGCUUCAGGCUACAAGGCAGGAAGUGUCCAUGCUGGCAGCAGAGCUGAGAGAUGUUGUCAGUGUUCGAGAUAGGACCAUGUCUGACCUGUACACUGCACGCCUGGAGAUAGAUUCUUUGAAGAAGAGUCUUGGUGAUGCUGAAGCAGAGUGUAAGGCUAAGGAAGGAAUGUUGCAAAACAUGAAAGCUAUAGCUGAAAAAAAUGAAAAGGAGGGUCCAGGAAAGAACAGUAUGGUGGAACAAGAGCUGCGUAGAGAAGUUGAAGAUUUAAAACUUCGACUUCAGAUGGCAGCAGAACAUUAUAAAGAGAAGUACAAGGAAUGUCAGAAACUUCAGAAGCAAGCAGUGAAGCUCACUGAACAAGCGGAGUCAAAGAAAACUACAGUUGCAUUUAGCUUUCAACCAACAGAAACAGCAGCAAAUCCUGAUACUGCUGGAGCAGUGAGCACUUCUGCAGUCACCCCAGCUUCAUCUAAUACUGUGCUUCACCUGCUCACUCAAGAAAAAACACAAGUAAUGAAUAAAGAAAUGUCUGAAAUAAACGACAAGUACAAAAAAUACAAACAGAUGCUGACUGAGGAGAAAGAAAAAAGCAGUAGGUAUGCAGAUGACUUGGCCAGGAUGGAGAUGAAGUGGAAGGAACAGUUCAAAAUAAACGAAAGCUUGAAACUGCAAUUAGCUGCAGAUGAAGAUCGCUAUCAGAAUCGAGUGGCUGAAAAGGGGAGGGAAGUGAAUAAGCUAAAAGAAAAUCUGGAAUUGGUUUUUAAAGAGAACAGGAAACUAGAGGAGGAGCUACAGAAAAAAAUGGAAAGCCAACAAGAAAGAGUAACUGAAGGGCAAAGUUCCCAGGGUGCAAUGCAGGUUGGUGUGACUCAGCCAGUGUUCCUGCAGUACCCGAUUCCAUACUUGCCAGAAAACCUGCCAGCCACUCUGGUAGCAGUGAGACCCCCUGAACUGCGCUACGGAAAUCCCUAUUCCACUCAGCACAAGAGAGAUGGAGCAGAUGUUACAUUUUCUCCAGACCAGAUCCACAGACCUCCCGUUGGAGCCCCCUCCUGGGACGACAACGUGGUUUGCAUUCAGCCAGCACGCAACCUGAGCAGGCCUGAUGGACUUGAAGAUCCUGAAGAGCUCAGCAAUGAUGUGGGGGAUGCUGAGACUGUGCAGUCUGCAGCCAGUGACACAGGGCUUUCCCUGCUUCAGGAUCGCAGGGCUCGCUUCUGCUUUGAUUCGAGCAUUGAUAUUCAUAAGAAGUGCCCACUGUGCGAGGUCAUCUUUCCUCCUAAUUAUGACCAGAGCAAGUUUGAAGAGCAUGUCGAAAGCCAUUGGAAAGUGUGCCCCAUAUGCAGUGAGCAGUUUCCGCUAGACUUUGACCAGUGCGCUUUUGAGAAACAUGUGCAGACCCACUUUGAUGGAAAUGUUUUGAACUUUGAUUAAAAGGGAGAAUAGUUUAGUGUUUCUGCUAAAAUUGGUAGGAGGAGAAGAUGCUGUACUUUGCGCAUUUGCAGUGUGCUUUACACUGUAAAAAUAGUGAAAAUGCCAUGAGUGUAAUCUCAUAGUGUAGAAAAGAAUGUUGCAUAUGCCCCGCCCCCCCCAACAGCUUUGAACUUAACUAACAUCUUGCAUGCGUUUAUUGUUUACCAGGCUGAAUAUUUAGGGCAUAGAAUAAGAUGUUAUAAUGAGAGUAGUGUAUAGGUAUUUGGGAUAAACUACAUAACUUAUAAAAGAGAGAGUGAGACUUAAAUGGUAAUAUUUACAGGACACAUGAACACUGCUGUUAAAUAUACAUGGCUAUACUGAGUAAGAUCAAGUAUAUUCAAAUUAUUUUGGAGGAAAAUGAGGCAUUCUUUAGGAUUCUACUCUGAGGAGGUCAUAGGCUUCUCAAUGUAAUAAUCUAAAUGUUCCUGCUGAGUUGACUGCUGACACUGAUAUUAAGUUAUUUGCAGCACCUAGGGUAUAGUUUUACAGUGGUAACAAACAUGCUUUGGUCAGUUCUAUUUUAAAUGUAUUGUUUUGUCAUUGAUUUCUAUCCACUUAUUGUUGCUUUGAUCAUUUUAUGUUUAAACUGUUUGUAAUAACUGAAGUGUAUAAAGCAGUUUUUGCAUUUCAUUAUUUUCCUUAUUAAUGGACUGCAUUUGAUCCCCAAAAUAAAUACAUUUAGCUUUG